CUGUCGGUGUCUGCACGGCGUCUUCUUGUUUCGCAGCCGCGCCUCCGGCAGCGGAACUUGCUGUUUCACUUAUUUGCCAACGCACCUCUGACGUGCACGGCGCUUCUCUUUCUGGGCGGCGCCUUCUGCGCCAUCCCCAGCGCGAUCCGCGCGAGAGGGAAGAGGGCCACUGUUGGCGGAAAAUGUGUUCGCGGUCGUCUGGCGGUCAUGCUCAUGCGCUUUGUACAUGCACACACCGUCCCUCCUGUAGAAGGGCCUUCGGGCGACCUGCAGUCAACCCACUGCCCCGGCCAGGGAUGGCGGCGGCGCGUAGCUGCCGCUCCCGCAUCCCCCCGGCUGCGGCCGCGGACGAAGCUCGCGCGGCGCAGGCCUCCUCCGACAAGUGUAGGAUCGAGUGGCUCCCGCCCCCUCCCCUCGCGGCCGAACCGCAGGCCGCAGCCAGCGGCAGCCCGAGGGCCUCCUUGGAGAUCCUGGCGACGCCUUGGGCCACAGGGGCACCUCCGGCAACACCGGGCCCUCGCAGCAGCGCCGCGGCUCGAGUCGCUGACUCUCCCGGAGCCGGAGGCGCCAGUGCAGCAAGGAGAGGGCCCCGCGGCGGGGCCGAGACCAGCGGCGUGCCAGACGAGAAUGGGGAGGAGGAAGAGGAGGAAGAGGAGGAGGAGGAGGAGGAGGAGGAG